AGUUUGGCGGGUAAAACACCGUUGUCAGCCUAGUUCCUCACAGCCAAAGUAGCCGUAGUAGUGAUUUUGAUUUGCUGCCCAUUGAUCAACUUUGUUUUUAAAGGCAACAAUUAAAGCAUCUCUAUUCAUCUAUUGGCUCUUUCCCUUGUCUUUAUGUUUACAGUGAUCUGUCUUUCAACAAUAUUCGAGCAAUACCAAACAAAGUUUUUAGCGGAUUGCAAAAUUUAUCAACAAUGUACCUAAGCUUCAACAAGAUCGCCCAAAUCAACACCCGCACAUUUACUGGACUCAAAAACCUACUUGUUCUGGCGCUGAUCAAAAACCAUUUGACUUGUAUCCCUAAUGGCGCUUUCGCCGAAACCUCUUUGCAAUCUUUGUUCCUCCAUAGCAAUGCAAUCAAACAAAUAGACGGCAAAGGUUUUGCCCGACUCGGCAAUCUUCAUUUGUUAACAUUAUUUGAUAAUCCGUUGGAAUAUUUACAAGACAAAAUAUUUGAUGAAAUGUCGCACGAUGCGAAAGUGUCUUUAACUUGCAACAAGCUUCGCCAACUACCUCGAAGGAAAUACUUGUCAAUGACUAUUGAAUGUGCUCCUUCAAAAUCGUUUUACGUACUAUCAAUUGGUGAGAAAAUCUUUUACACAGUCGGCCUUCGGCGUUCAGGCUUCGUGUGCCGUCGAUGCAGACCUGGACCCUACUACAGAUGCUCUAACUGCAGUCUUUGCGCAGCUGGAUUUUAUAGCGAUAUCGAUGGCAUGUAUGGUUCAUGUCUUCUCUGUCCUGCAGGAGGUUUCUAUCAAGACCAAAUGGGGCAAGUUGACUGCAAACUAUGUAGUAAUGGUACUUUUGUCGCCGAAAAAGAUCGCCCUGCUACAAGUGCCGUUAGCUGCCGGGCAUGCCCAUAUGGAACUCUAUCGAAUGAGACCGCUGGUUAUCGUGCAUGCAGAUGCUUGCACAAUUUCUAUCGCUUGGAUCGAUUUGGAGCCUGUUCAGCUUGUCCCGCUUAUGGUUUUGUUUGUGAGAACGAUACAGCGAUUCUCGCGCCGAAUUACUUUUGGAAAUGGUACGACCAAACUCUGAAGGAGCGUUAUGAUAACUUUGUUAGCAACAUCCACUCUUGGGGACCUGAAUACAACAACACCUUUUCCACGUUUACGACUUCACUACCAAAACCAAUAAAAUGUCCUCAUGCCAAUUCCUGCAGGGGAGGGAUUAACUCAGAAUGCCAAAAAGGAUAUCAAGGCACCCUAUGUGCUUCUUGUACCAAUGGCUUUUACCUCCGAUUUAACACCUGUCUAAAAUGUCCGCGGUUAACCGUGACUAUAAUUUCAUCCAUUUUGUUGGUUGUACUCUUUGUUGCUGUGUUUCUGAUGGUUCUUUGGGGAGACUCAAAGCACACUGAGAAUGAUCGAACCAUUGCAGAUAUCAUCAUGUCCUGCUUUAAAAUAGUGAUUGGAUUUUACCAAGUUAUGGCUGGUAUCUUCUCGGCGUUGGCGAGAGUUCGAUGGCCGGUAGCUUUGAUCUCUAUGGAAAAAUAUCUCAACUUGUUCGAAGGAAAUAUUUUGCAGUUUGCUCCAUUGAGCUGCAUUCAUUCUGGAUUUCGACUAGAUCAUUUUGUGAAAUUCUUAGGGGUCAUCUCUCUGAAUGUCUUCUUUGUUUGCAUAAUUCUUCUUUACCUCUUCUUUAGAGAGAGGUGCAUCAAAAACAAGGUUGAUUGCCUUGAUAGCGAGAAACUACGAGCCGUUUCGAGUUUGAAAAAAUCCUGCUAUCGGAACAUUUUUCUGCUUUUACUGACUUCUUAUCCAACAACAAGUAAAACAAUUAUCCAAACUCUGCCUCUUCCUGGUGCAUGUGUAGAGACGUGUUUCACAGAUGAAAAGAGUCAAUGUUAUUUCCUCCUGAGAGCGGACUACUCCAUACAAUGUUUUACUUAUCGUCACAACUUUUUCUGGCCCAUGGCUGCUGUGUUUUCAUUUUAUCCUUUGGGAUUUCCACUUCUGCUGUUGUUUCUCAUGUACAAAUACCGCGAUUCACGGGAAGAAGAAGAAAUUUCUUUCGGCUUGAGAGUUUUCUUUGAAAACUAUAAGAGGAAAUUUUGGUUUUGGGAGAUAACAGAGAUGUAUCGUAAGCUGAUUCUUAUUUCACUGGUGUUUCUCUUUGGAUCUGAAAGUCUUUCUCAAAUUGGCUUCACCAUGCUGACAGUGAGCGCAUUUGGAGUGGCGUACACCUUCUUCCGGCCAAUAAAGGGAAAGUUUGAAGAUCGACUGCAAACGUUUGUGCUGUGGGUCAUUUUCUUUGAUGUUUGCCUUGGUGCAAUAUAUACAAACUGGAGACCAGACCACCAAGACCAGAUGGAGAACGACUCCGUCGUUUUGAAUGUCAUUUUUGUGCUCCUUAACGCCUCUGUGUUGCUAUUUGCCAUUGGUGAAGGUUUACUUCAUGUGCGAAUGUUUUGGAAAAAAGUUUCUUCGUGUCCAAUGCGAUGCUUCGGUUGCCUUCUCCGAGGAAUUCUCAAAAAUAAAGUGACCCGGAUGUUCCACAGAUUUUCAGCGCCAAGGACAGACCCACUGGAUGACCAAGCAUACUUAAUUCAAGACUACACUUAAUGGACAGUUUAUAGCCACUUAACUUUGUUAUGCGUUUUAAAACUUUUAGAGUAUGACUAACAAUAUAAAUUAUGAAGACAUCAUUGAUCAUCGCACUUAUGCACACAACUUAAGUAAUUGUCAAAUUAAAGCCUGAAAAGAUAUCCAGGCCUGAACGGGAUUCGAGCCCAUGACCUCUGGGAUACCGGUGCAGUACUCUACCAACUGAGCUAUCAAGCCAUCUGGGAGCUGGUCACUUUGUGCGUUCGUAAUAUACCCGUAGAUGGUGAAGAAUUCAUGUGAAUAUCUUUCAUAUAUUAGUAUACAUUAAGUCAAUUUGAUAACUAAUCAAAUAAUCGUUUGAUUGAUCGAUCUACGUAUAAUCAUUUUGUCGCAGAAAAUAUUCCUCAGAUUGUUAAGUGUAGAAAAUGAUUCGUGCUUUCAGUAGCAAGAAAGGAAUACUUAAUCCUUAACAAUGAUUCCACAAUUAAAAUUUCUAUGCAUUACUUGUAGGAGCCAUAUAAAAAUCAAGUGAAUCGUUUAAUGCUUCGAAUUAAAAUUGCUAAAAAGGUGUUUUCAGUUGCUGAUCGAAUCAACAUGUCAAACGUUCAUUGAUGUACUGUAUUACUUGUUUAGCUGAUAAUACUUUUACGCAUUUUACGUUAGCUGGGUUCGAGUGUGCAGUCUCCAGUACAAGGGACUUUUUGUCCCUUGCUUGUGCACCUUCCCUCAGUGAAUUUGCAAAUAUAUCUCUAAAUUCAAAGAGAAUUAUUUGGUCUAUACAGCAGUUCAUUGUUAUGGCUAUUAAAAUAUUGGUAAUACCUAAAAAGGUUUUUUUUUUAGCAUUAUUGUUAAGAAUUUGGAAGAUAGAAACUAAAUUGACCAGACGAUAUUUUUGUAGCAGUUCCCCAUCUGGUCUUUCAAACAUUAUCAUUUUCCCAAGAAAUGCGUCUCUUUCCAUCACAUACUGUGAUUUAUGGUUUGCAUUCGUAGUCACCUUUGUUUUACUGUGCAUGAACAAAACUUAAACAUUUAAUUUAGAAAUGUUAAACGUCAUUUAAGCAUGAUGAGUCAGUUCUCUGUAAAAGCCUUGCAAUAUUUCCCGUGUUAAUGUGUCUUUUAUUUUCAUUAUAUGUUCAUAACUGCAAUUCGUUUAUUGAUCUUAGUUAACCUUGCAAAGUUUUAUGUCAGGCUAUGUAAGAACUGAGUUAGGGAAAAAUGAAAAGAUGACGUAUUCUCAUUUUUCGAACAUGAAUUUAUCAUAUAGGAGUAUACAGGUGCAGGAUGGUACCAGUACAUUUUGUUAUCAAGAGAUUAUCGUUGUAAUAAAACGCCCAUACUGACGGAAUAGAUCGUACCAGUCGGUCUAGUUCUUUGUGCUGGAUAUCGUGAUGACAGACAUUGAUGUCACUGUCGCAAAGGGAUUUCAUGACCUUCAUCUCUUGUCCUUAGCAGGGUCUUAAAAUAGAGAGCGUUGCCCCACACAGGGUAGGGUUUUCAUAGUAUUUCUUUUUUCGAAACAGAAUCAGGAUUUCAAACUUUUAACGGCACCCCUAUACCCAAACAUGGGUCAAGUACCACUC